AUGAAUGUGUGCGUGUUAGGGCUUGCUCCUUUGGAAAGUUGUCCAGCAAAGGCGGUGAAGGUGUUCAAGCUCGUGGGCAGGUCCGCCAUCCAGCGGAUAUUCGAGCUUGAAGGCUUCAGGUUGCGCAAGCUGAAAAGCCACGGGGCGGGUGGAAGUGAACCAGCGGUGCUGGCACAACAAUUCAUGCAAGAGUUGCCAGAGACAGCCGGGGAAGAAGACGUGACCUCCGAGGCAUAUAUACGAAAUGCCUUCAAAGUCUGGGAGAAUAUCUUGGCUGUGGAGGAAGCCAAGAAGAUCGUUCUCGAAUGCGAACGGCUCUGGGGCAAGCAGAGUCCGUUCUACACGAUGUCGCAGCUGGAGGCAGUCAUGGCCAAGUGCAAGGAUCCGGCCCAGAUCACCUUCGGCGUCGACUGCAUGCGGUAUUACGUGGAGAAGAAGUUUGCGAGCACGGGAGAGAUGAGCUCCCGCAACCUCACCGGCAAGACCACGAACAAUCGUGGACUUCUGGAUGUGUUCCUCGAGAAGCAGAAGUUGCUACAUCACCUGGUGCACCAGUGGCUGGAGACGCAGCCCCUGGACGCGGAGUCCAAGGUGGGAUAA